AGACAAGUAAUAUUUUUAUGGCCUCUGAAAAAUUGUAAUAAUUUUAACUCACGUAAUGAACGUUUACAUAAAAUGUUUUUACUGAAAAUGUUAGUAAUUUUCUUAAUAGCAACAAAAUUAUUCGAAUCAUCAUUUGAUCCAUCAUCAUAUUUGGCAGAACAAACUAUCCCAUAA